AUGGCUCCACCCACCGGUGAAAGAAAAAAGACGCAGCUACCAUGUCCAUGCUCCACGGCAUAUAUAGUAGGUAGUAGCAUGUCCGAUUCUACAUCUCCGUCCUCCUCACACCUGACACGUGAGACCUUCAUGGCUCCACGUCUGCCAUGUCCAUGCUCCUCUGGCUCAACAACAUCCCGCGACGUCAGUGACAACCCCAAGCCAGAGGGCGUCAUUUAUGACCUGGUAAUGGCCAAAAUCGAACCCCUAGAAGUGGUGGUGUACGAAGGCAAUGCAGACCUACAGACAGCUGGUGGUGAGGAUGAGUUUGUCGCCUUAGCAGGCAAUGGAUCCACAGAUGCGGCGCAGGAAGAUAACGCGGAUCUGCAAGCAGUUGAUGCAGAGGGUGAGUUUGUCAACGAGGAGAUAAGAUUCAUGGAGCCAGUGAAGGGAAUGCUAUUUGAUAGCGAGAACGACGCGAUCACGUUCAGUCAGAGAUAUGCUCGGGUGAAGGGAUUCGCUAUAACUCGGAGGACAUCCAAAACCGCGGACGAGAAGUUGCAGUAUUUCACUCUCGCUUGCAACAGACAGGGGAAAGCUCAGUGCAGCUCCAGCUCCAGAAAUAAAUCGAAACAGAAUCCCUCCACAAAAACACAGUGUCCAGCUAAACUGAAUUUUAGACUUCAUGGCCCUGACAAGUUCUGCUUAACUUCACUCAUACUCGAGCACAACCAUGAUUUGAGUCCAAGCGAGACAGGAGUCAUUGUGUGCCGGAACAAGACAACUGGGGUGAGUGCUAAAAGAAGAAGGCUAGAGUCAAGUGGCAGGUCAGAAGUUUGUGCGAACAAUGCGCAAGGUGGAGGCUUUGAAAAUCCACAGCUUGGUGAGAAUGAGUGCACAGGCAAUUCUAAAGAGGAAACAUGGCUGAAGUUUAGUGCCGAAGAUACACAUGUGCUUUAUCGAUACUUCUUCCGCAUGCAGUCCAAGAAUCCAAACUUUUUCUAUGCCAUGGACUUUGACGAAAAUUCCCGGCUGAGGAAUGUUUUCUGGGCAGACGCAAGAAGUAGGGCUGCAUAUGAAUCUUUUUCGGAUGUUGUGAAGUUUGACACGGCCUACCUAACAAACAAGUAUGAAGUGCCUCUUGCCUCUUUCGUUGGUGUAAAUCAUCAUGGACAACCAAUUCUUCUGGGCUGCGGCCUACUGUCAAAUCAGAACACAGAAUCUUUUGUAUGGUUGUUCAAAUCCUGGUUAGCUUGUAUGUCUAACAAACCACCAAAAGGCAUGAUUACCAAUCAGUGCGAUGAAAUGCAGGCUGCUGUUGAGCAAGUUUUUCCUCAAACUUACCAUAGCUGGUGUCUGUUGAGUAUCAUGAAGAAAAUCCCUGAAAAGCUCCGUGGACUUUCAAAGUUAGAAGACAUUAAAUUCACUUUCUCAAAUGUGAUCUAUGAAUCACUGACAAAAGGUGAAUUUGGGAAAGGUUGGAUUGAGAUGAUCAGCAAGUUUGGCCUUCAAGGCAAUGACUGGCUUAUUCAGCUGUGCAUUAAUUGGCAAAAAUGGGCACCUGCUUAUAUAAAAGAUACCUUUUGGGCUGGCAUGGCUGUCACAAAAGAGUGUGAAAGUGAAUAUGCUUUGUUUGAUGGAUAUGUCAGUUCCGUAACGACAAUAAACCAGUUUCUGGAACAAUACAGCAAAGCACUAAGAGAUAUGGCUGAGAAGGAAAAAGAUGCUGAUUUUAAGUCUUCUCAGGAAGUGGCAUCUUGCAUCACUCAUUAUGAUAUUGAGAAGCAGUUCCAGUUAGUAUACACAAAUAAAAAGUUUGAAGAAUUUCAGGAGCAGUUAAAAGGUAAAAUUUACUGUUAUCCAAAACUUGUGAAACAAGAAGGUACAUCUUACACAUUCAAUGUUUCUCAAGAUGUUAAAAUCAGGGAGCAACAACUUACAUUGGACUUCUGUGUCUGGUUUAACGGAGAUGGGUGUGAUGUGAAAUGCGCAUGCCAUCAUUUUGAAUUUCGAGGAAUCUUGUGUUGCCAUAUCAUCUCUGUACUUACUCUAAAGAAGAUCAAAGAAGUGCCCUCCAAGUAUGUUCUGCAGAGGUGGAGAAAGGAUUUGGAGCGUAGGCACACCUCUGUUGCGUGCUCGUAUGAUGGCUCGUAUGAUGAGAAUGUCAACGCACCAAUUGCACAGCGUUUUGAUGUGUUAUGCAAAUCGUUCUAUGAUGUCGCAGAGAAGGCUGCGACAUCUGAUGCACUGUUCGAGUCAGUGAUGAAUGGCCUUGCACAACUGAAAGGAAAGGUCAAGGCACAGGAUGCUGCCCUUAACAGUCAGAGUGUUCAUGCAUCAGAGCGUCAAGACAUGGAGAUAUGA